AUGCAGAACGCGAGUGGACGUAUUGUCGAUCUCUAUGUACCUCGAAAAUGUUCCGUGACGAACAGGCUGAUUUCCGCAAAGGACCACGCAUCCGUACAGCUGAAUAUCGCAAAAGUUGACCCUGAUACGGGACGGAUGGUUCCCGGCGAGCACCUGACCGUCGCUUUGACCGGAUCGAUAAGACGCUUGGGGCUGAGCGAUCAGGCGGUUUUUAGACUGGCCAAGGAAAAGGGAGCGCUCGAUGACUUGCGUGGUGGUGGUGCUGUUGGUGUUGGCUCAGGCGCUUCAGGCGGCGCGGAGGAGCGCACGGACUAG